CUUUCUCGUCGCAACCUGAAUCUCACUGAGAUGUUGCUCUUCAAUCAUAAAGCGUACAUCUUGCUUAUGCAGCGUGUAGUGAUGUUGGUGUCUUGUUCUUGUUGUUCAUGUUGACCAUGACAAGAAGAACAUAAGAGCAGCCAAGGCGCAGCAGCUCCUGCCCUUGCCGUCUGUUGUUGAAGUUGAAGAUGGCUCAUCUGCGCGUUGAAUCCGUGUCCCCGGAGCGGCCUAGCCUGAGCGAGCGGUUUAUCCAGGAGAAAACACGCGUCCCCAUCCAUUUUUUUGCAUGACAAGCACUGGAGUUUAUGCAUAUUUUGCAUGACAAAUUGGAUGGGGAUGGGUGUUUUUUCCUGGAUACGAUUCCGCGAACUGCAGGAGCGGCGGGAGAAGUUGUCGCGAAAGAUCGAGGAGCGACUAGGAAGUUUGAGCGCAGGAGGAGCAGCUGCAACUGCCGGCGGAUCCUCGACCACAGGCACAAGUUCUUCUACAACUUCCGCGAGGCCACCUCCAGCACCCUCACUUGGCACCGCAGAGCUGCAAACUUCUAGUAGUUCCUCUGUUCCUGCAGGGACGACGCACAAGAACAGUAGCAGGACGCUUUUUGUACCCGCCGGAGGACCAACCGGAGGUGUUGUGUCAUCUUCGAGCACUGGGACCGCGGGGACAGAAAGUACGGUACUGAAUGUUGGCGCCGCGACGUUUAAUGUUCCACCGACGUCCACGGCCAUCAAUAGCUACCACCUGGACAUUGUGGAGGAGGAAACCUCGGACGACCUCGCGAGCUCACCCGAGUGGAACCGCAAAAACGGUACGACCAGGAAUUCCCUGAUCCGCAAGGCCGCCGAGUCCGCAUUACAGCAGCAGAAGAAGAACUACAACUACCGGCAGAUGAACAAUACUGCUCAACAAAGUGGUCAAAUUGUUCAUAAUUACAAUUACAAGCAAGCGUUUCUGUACAGUACAAAGGAACAAGACGACGACGGCACUAGUACGCCAGCUGGAGGGGCUCCAGCCGGAGAUGAGGAAGUAGACUCCGUCCUCCGUGCCGAGGGCGAAGACCUACACCCCGACGAAGUCGAGGAUGCCGGGCCGUUGGAGAUCUAUGAGCACGAAGACGGCCACCUCCGGGACGCCGACGGACACCUGGUGGACGCCGAUGGGCGGCUGAUAGACGCGGAAGGAAGAUUCAUCGACGCCGACGGGAGGUGGGUUAGGGUUUUUGAUUUACCUUUGAACGAAAAUGAUUAUACUUGUCGAGCACGUGAAAGAACGAACCCAGCACGUACUACUUUCGUCUUGUUUCAAACACGAGAAUCAGAUUUCUCAUCGGUGUUAACACCUACUAGUACUAUCAGGAGUAUCUGUAUCUUCGACCACCUGACCACUUCUCAACACACCAAUCUACCAACGAUCAAGGUUCAUCGACGAAACGGGUCGGUUUGUGGACGCCGAGGGCCGCUACGUGGACGAAGAUGGCCGCUACAUUGACGAAGACGGAAACUUUGUGGACCUGCAUGGCCGGUUUGUGGACGAGGAGGGCCGGCUGGUCGACGAACAUGGACGACUGGUGGAUGAGGACGGAGCGUUGUUAGAGGAACAAGAAGAUCAGGAGGAUGGUAUUGUUCGUAUUUGAUUUUGAUAUAAUGUAAAGGACAGCACGCUCGCGGCAGAAAUAUGAUGAUGGUCCUCAAACUACGAGUUAUAGCCUAUUAAUAUUAUCUUAAUCUUGUACUAGUUGCUCAGCAUCCACCUCUUUGAAGAUUGAUUGCUGAGGUCGUCGUCGACCUAUGUUUAAUAACCCGGUUCUUUUUAUUAUUCUGGUUCUUCAACAUAAUCUCGAAUGAGAUUGAUCACUUUAUUUCCACCGAAAUUUCCUGCACAGAGGACGAGGAAGUUGGCGAUACCGAGAAAGACCAACAGGACGAUGGUGGACCACAACAAGAACCCACCAGUUCAUCAUCUUCUGCAAGCAAGAAACGGCGUAGCUCAACAUCCAACGUUGCGAGUCGGGAAAACACCAGCAUUGUCAGCCAAAUCUACGAGGACGAGGAAGGCUACUACACUCUGGAGGACGACGGAACGGUCAUUCCGUUGAAAAAAUCUCCCUCCGGCAACGCUUUUCUCCGGUCCCCGAAGGAGCGGGCGUCGUCCUCGUCGAGCACGCGGAAGAACUCCUCCAUGAGUCCCUCGAAGACGGUAUGCACUGCAAAAGUAUCGUACAACUCGAAGUAAGUGCCGUCAUGCAUGACAAUAAACCCAACGCUCUAGCUGAAGCUGAACUUGCAUGACUAAUUGCAUUUUUGUACUUCAGAAGAUUUGUGACGCAAUUCAUAAUAGAACCAGGGCGAUAUUCCUUUUGCAAUGCAUAGACGGCGAACAAGCCGAAUGUAAAACACGGACACUACCACGUCCCCGAGCCCCAGGUGUCCUACCUCCCGGCAUCCGUACCCGCCUCAAGCAGCGCGUCGAAAGGAAGAUCUGGUGCUGGCGGCAUUGAAGACGUCUCUUCGCCGAAGUCGUCGUCGCCUGGAGGUCCUCCAGGUGGCGCCCGGGGGUCGAAAAGCUCGGUAAUCUCCCUCACGCGGCCGAGGGAGGAGGAGCAAAUCAUGGAGAUCUUCGAGCAGGCCGACGGCAGCUUCGUCGACAUGGCAGGCAUUCCCUGUGACGCCACGGGCCGCUUGAUUGACAAAAAAACCGGGAACUACAUUGAUGCGAGUAUAAGGCGAAGGCUUGAGUUGCUGUUGAUGUUCUUGUUUCAUGAUCUGCCUCGCCCUGUUCGUCAGGAAUAACCGUAGCUGGCUGUGCUUCUUCUGUGGAUCAUAUUAAAGAUGAAGAUGUAUAAAUGCAUUUUUGUUUCUUUCGCUUGCGCAGUAUGUACGCGGGUACCUUCACGGCGAGCCGGUGCCGGUCCUGAUCCUGAACAUCAAGCUGCUGCCUGCACAAAUAGAAAUACCGAAAUCAAACUCCUAUAAUCACAUUAUCUCACGAAUAAUUACCUUCAGACGGCCGUUUUGUGGACCGCGACGGCUACUUCGUGGACCCAGACACGGGAGCCUUUGUCGACGAAAACGGGUAUGCGAUUGAGGAUGAUCGUAUUCACACCGACACGGCCCUGGUCUCCACGGCCGACCUCCCGCACCAAGUCUCCAGUCCCCGGCGCCUGGUUAACAUAAACAAGCACGACGGGACCCGUGUGGAAAGCCCAGCGGCGCAACAAGGGAGAAAUAGCAGUAAUUAUAAUUCAUCAUCUCGCGGCGGUCGUGAACCAGGGGGUCCACGAGGUUCCUCGUCAUCUCCCCAGGUAAACCACGACGACGACGAUGAACUUUCUCAGAUCGUGCCUAGCGGCAAGGAGGUACUACGAUCUCAGACCGAAGGAGAACGCGGGGGAAGAGCCAGAGCUUCAGGAAGUAGCCCCUCCGGAGGACGCGCUGCGGGUCAGCAGAAUAAACUCUCUUCGCCAGUUGAGCUGGUGAGCGCACCGACCAAUGGCAGUAGAUCCUCAUCGGCGAAGAUGAAAGUCGAUACGCAGGCGGAAUCAGGUCAAAUACCGACAUCAACGCUGCAGCCGGCGCCCGGGUCCUUCACCAGUGGCGGGUCGCAAUCGUCGACUGCAGCAGCCGCUCGUCGACAGGAUGAUGUUGAUGAAGUGCCGGUGGUGCUACAAAAUAAAUCGCCAGCACAAGCUCGAUCUUCAAAAACUACGGGAAGGACAUCGACCGGAGGCGGCGGCACUGGAUCUGGAAAUGGUGGAACCGCCGCAGCUGCGACCACCACCGCCGCGCCACCACUGCCUGCGCCCCCAACCACGAGAAAGAAGCGGAUGACGAAAAAGGAGCUGCUGAAAAAGAAACAGAAAGUGGAGCAGCUGCAGCAGUAUGCAUUUUUGCAAAACAGUAUCGUACUUCUUGUUGGAGUUGGAGGAAUUAUUGCAUUUUCAGACUUCUUAGAAGGAAAAAUGAAAUUUGUAAUGCUAGUUCAGCUAGUACUUAAAAUAAAUGGGCACUGUACACGUUGAAAAUAAUUGCAAUUUCUAGUACAACGAGUGCGAUGUUUUUGCAAUGGAUAAGCAGAAGCUUAGCGCGAUUCGGGACCGCAAUGCGCGGCUGAUCCAGAAGUGGUGGCGGCUGCAGGUCGUGCUGCCCAAACGGCGGAAGCGCCUGCACGAGCUGCACCAGCGGGCUGCGAAGUUGCAAUCCUGGUGGCGGUUUCGACGCGGGACAACGCGGGCGCUGCGAAAGUGGUUCAGAUUGCUGGACAAAAGCAAAAACGGGCCGCUGGAAACGUUACGGAAGAUCAAAAAGCUAGAGGAAGAAUCCGACCUCACGCCGACGAUGUUCGCCAAACCACUUCUGCUCUUUCAGCCGCAGAAUGCUGGCGGAACGCCAGCGGGCGGAACAAAUGCUGCCGAAGAACGAGAUUUGUCGCCGAACACGAAGGAGCAGCGGGCGCGCAGAGCUUUUCUCGACCGGUGCGACGCCGCGACCGCCAUGGCGUCCAGCAGGGAAAAAUUCGGCAAUAAAGCAGGAGCGACAACUGCGUCCUCGGCAAAAGCGCAGAAGAUGAAGCAGAAGCGCAGUCGAUACCGAAACCUAGCCGAGGAGUUAGCGUCGCUGGAGAGCAGGAUCCAAACUCUGGCGAAAACAGGCAAGGAUCCGCUGAUUUCCGUAGAAGUGGAGCAGAACCACCAGCAGCAGAGUGGUGGUGGUCCUAGUAUUGCCAGCCGAACCGCUAUUCCGCAGCUGAACGUCCCUGCGCCUUCCUACGCGGCGGUGUAUGGUGGCGGCGGAGCGGCGGCGCCGGCCUCCGUCCGGAGUAGCCGAGCCAGACUUGGCUCGUUUGACAGCUACCCCGGCAGCAACCUCGGCUAUGAUUCCCCGGCCGUGGGGAGUCGCGGCGAUUAUGUCGGUGGGGGUGGAAGUAGUGCAUUCAUUCCGGGAGCAACGCCACUCUACGGCGGGAUGCAGCCCAAUGCCGGCACAACUCCUUUCAGCAACGCUGGACCUUCGGCAGCGGCAGGAGCCACGGCAGCAGCAUCUUCGAGUAGGGCCGCACGAGCAGCAGCAGGAAUGAACAACUUGUCGUGGAGCGAAAAGAUCGGACAGCAAGAGCAAGACGACGCUCAGCUGAUUCCGCCCGGUUCGGCCCGGAGCGGAUACCGUCCUUCCCCAAGGUACGGCGAUGCCCCGGAACCACCUCCAGGGAAAAUGAUGGCACCUCCAUCUAGUACUUCCGGGUCUUUUCAACCACCUUUCGUCCCUACACAGCAAUCGCAGGCGCAGCAGGCAGCCGGCGUUGUGAACCUGCAGACGCAGCCGACGAUCUGGGAGGCCCGGGACAGCGAGGCAGACACCACGCUGGGGUCGCAGCUCCAAACCGUAUCCACAGUAAAUUUCCCGUACACGUACAAAUGCGGUCUAUGCAUGACAAAACUUGGCUUCGAUCCUAGUAUAGCAUGACAAGUUUCACGCUCCAGAUUGGUGAAAUUUCUGAUGCAUCUUGUACAUGUACGGGAAAUUUGUAUUGCAUAAACCGCGCGACGGCACUACUUGGAGGAUGCGCCCAUCAAAUCGUCCGGGGCUUAUUCGUAUCAACUGUAAAAAUGUCUGGGUCUGGAAGAAUUCAUGUUUGUCUUGCUUGUCUGGCAUGACUCUUAAAUCUGUCAUGCACGUUACCCACGAGCUCCGUCUUUCUGUGCUGGUGCAGAGCCGCAGUUUGUCAUGCAGAAUAGGCAACACCUAGGAGCUUCGAAACUUGUCAUGCUGAGCCAGCAUUUGUAGCCUCAUCAUGACACGCCACCCAGCAUCACAAGUUUCCAGACCCAGACAUUUUUACUUUUGAUAAUUCGUUAAACGGCUACGGGGAAAACGACGUGCCGCCCGUCUCGCAGCACGAGCGGUUCCUGCAGGAGACCAAGAGCAAACUGGCCGAGACCAACUCGCAGACGACCACGCCUGCGGAGUCCAGGCGCGGAUCAAAGCCACUCGGUGAACAGGACAAUCUUCACCCUCAUUCUGGUGGAACUUCUGCGGCGGGUGCGGCUGCCUCCAGGCUGUUCGGGGCUGCCGGUGCUGGUGCAGCUUCGUCGUCGAAUAGUGCGGCAAAUACAGCAGGAGCUGGCGGGACAACUGGAGGUCAUAUUCCCGGGCUCGCGUUUGGAAGCGGUGGCGCAAAUACUACUUCUAUGCCGCAAGGGCGGGUGAGCGGCGAAAGCUUUCUGGAUCGGUCUAUCAACACCCCUCGCUCAGUUAUGGAGACCAGCUUCAGCGAGCAGCAGCAGCGGCAAACGCGUGGUGGUACAACUGGCCCGGUGGUCGGAUCGUCGUUGGUUCUGGUGCCAGAGCAACCGUUCGGCGGACCAGGAGGUGGGAGUGCAAACACAUCCGGCAUGCUGGCUGGUGACCAAAGUUCUUUCUGUGAGCACUACGGGCCGCCGCCACGUGGAAGUACUAGUAGUAACGUGUAUCCGGCACCCGGAGGUGGACCUCCAUCAGCCAAUACCUACACGCCGCGCUCGAUCCAGCACGCAGCUGUCUUCCGUACAGAAGAUGAUGAUCUCGACUUUCUUAUCGAUGAAGAUCAAGACGCAACAAAAAUCCUGACUGCUUAUCUUCUUCGUGCUGUCUCUGUCAUGCUCGUCAUGUUCACUACACUGGGUCGUGCAGCCCAGACACAACUUUAUCUUUUUCACCCUCUCGUCGCUUGUGAAUUCUGCACCAGCUUCGCUAGAGCGAUCGCCUGAAUUUGUUUUGGUAGGAAAAAAAAUAGUUAUUCUGAAAAAAAAAACCUCAGGCGUCGCUUCGCACCAGACUGGGGGGUCUUCCGGGGAGCUGCAACACCAGCCGCCAAAUUUCCCGCAGCAAAACGUCUACCGCCCCAACGACUCCGCGCUUUCACUGGAGGAAGCAGCGCUCGCCCCGUCGCCGUACUACGCAAGUGCGCCCCCGGGCGGGGGGAACAAUGUUCGCCCUGCGCCAGGCGCGAUGCCACCACCGAUCCUGUCAACGCGGGGGGCAGGUGGAGGUCAAGGGCAAUUCUACAACAACCAGUCGAACCAAAAUAAUCAGUACGACCAGGAAAACUGGCAGGCGAACCUGAGCGUCCAGGAAAACAUUUACCGCACGGACAACGAGUUGCGCGGGCUCCUGAAGCCGGAACACAUGCAGCUCUUUGCCGGCUUCAUUCGCGGCUUCGUCACCCGCCACGCGCUGGCAAGGCUGUGGCCGCAGAUCCAGCAAACGCACGACGUCUACGACAUGAUCUUGGACAUGGAGCAAGGCACAGCUUCAGAGGACCCGGGUUUUCUCGACCACUUGUAUGCCACGCUCCACAGCCAGUGCGGCGACAUUUCCAAAGCGCUGCACAACGCCAAGUUCCGCACGUUCCGGAAGCCGAAAAAAACCGCGAAAAUUGACAAGUUCCCCGGCUGGUGGGCGUUUCCGGGCCGGUUCAAGCAGGGCACGAAGGGGACGGGAAACAAGAAAAAUCCGUACUACAGCUAUCCACAGUAAAAUUCCCGUACACGUACUUAAGUCCAAAUGUGGUCUCUACAUGACAAAAAUUGGCUUCGAUCCUAGUUUAGCAUGACAAGUCUUACCCUCCAAAUUGGUGGAGUUAUUAAUUUGUGAUGCAUCCUGUACAUGUACGGGAAACUUGUAUUGCAUAGCAGCUACGCAAACAGCACGACCAUGAGCCGGACGAGAUCCAGCCUGAGUGCCCAGCACAACGAGGACGCCCUGAAUAAGCGCAGGGAAAAGAAACCUAUCAAAUGUAAAAGUGUCUGGGUGGUCUGGAAGAAUGCAAGAUUUGUCAUGCAUAUUUCUCAUGACCCAUGACGCCUGUAAUGCAUGCCCUAGCAUCACAGGUUUUUUGAUGGAUUCUUGAUGCCCAUUCCGCAUGACAAAUGCUCUCUCCGCAUAGCAAAAUUUAGACUCUGUUUCCUGCUCAUGCAACACAAAUUUUUGAGUCAUCGAAACGCAGCAUCACAAGUUGCAUUCUUCCAGACCCAGACACUUCUACAUUUGAUAAAACCGUUCCUGAAACGAUCCUCCGAGGCGGUUCCCGUCAACACCAAGCCGGUGCACUGGCGGGCGGCUGCGAAGGUGGACAGCUGGAAAGCCCCGGACGAAGACUCUGAGUUGCUACUGUCCUCCGGGGCCGUUCCUGCCGGGGGGACAGGGAGAAGUAUAGAAAGAAACUGUUGCUGUUUUUUUAUGCCCGUAGCUUUCUAUGCAGACUCAGUUUUUAAGUACAGCUACCAUUGGCUUUGCAUAUAUCCUUCGAAUCCGAAUACUCGUGAAGAGGGUGAAGGCUGCAUCUGCAAAAGCAACAUCUACCAGGCACAACGCGGAGCGCCACAUCGAAGAUGAAAAAAGGUGACUUCGUCGCGGUCGGUCCGAAGGUGCACACAGCUCGCGGAUCGCAAAAUUCCCUGGCCUCGACCUCCUCUGCGGUACUGCAGCAACGUCCUGGUGUAUCCCACGAAAAAACUGUUUCACUGUGGUGAUAGUGCAAGAUCUGCAUCACAAGUUUGUUACACAAAACACGGAAAAUUUGCUAUGCGCGCUUCCCAAGGGAAGACACACCAGGAAAUCCAAUGUCUUGCAGGUGUAGCAAGACAAACACUUUGGUGCUUCGUUCUCUACUGCAUCACAAGUUCACAUUGAAGCAGUUUUUUCUUGCGAUAUGCUGCGGGUGGUAGUGCGGCCCCGUCAUCAAUCAAGCCGUACCGGAGUCUGGCACCGACCACCCUGCAGCAAAAUAGCGCUGCAGGCUUUCAACCAAAAAUACUGAGUCGGGGGAAGUGA